CUCGCAGCCUUCUCCUGCCUGCCGGCUCCCGGCAGCGCCCAGCUCCACUACUCCGUCCCCGAGGACCGACAGCCGGGCUCCUCGGUGGGUGACCUGGCCAAGGACCUAGGGGUGGAGGUGCGGAGCCUGGCCACCCGCAACCUGCGCCUGGUGAGUGAAGGUGGGCAGCGGCACUUCCAGGUGGACCUGGCAGCAGGUGUGCUGCUCCUCGACAGCAGGCUGGACCGGGAGGAACUGUGCGGGCAGAGCCCCACGUGUUCCCUGCACCUCCAGCUCGUCAUGGAGAAUCCUCUCCAGCUCCACCGUGUUGAGGUGGAUGUCCUCGACGUGAACGACAACGCGCCCCAGUUCCCCAAGCCGGAGGUGGUCCUGGAGAUCACUGAGGUAGCCAACCCUGGGACUCGACUACCCUUGGAGGUAGCAGAAGACCCGGAUAUGGGCUCCAACUCUAUCUCCACCUAUGAGCUCAGCCCCAGCAAGCAUUUCGCUCUGAGUAUCAAAGUGAGAGGAGAUGGUGUUAAAAUGCCUGAGAUUGUACUUGAAAAAGCACUGGAUAGAGAGAAAGUGGGUGUUCAUCACCUAACACUGACAGCCCUGGAUGGAGGGAAUCCGGUAAGAUCUGGCACUGCCAGGGUUAUUAUCCAUGUCCUGGAUGCAAAUGACAACCCUCCUGUCUGUGACCCACCCAUAUCCAAGGUGUAUCUGGAGGAGAACGUGCCAGUGGGCACUCUGGUCACUAAGUUGAAUGUCACUGACCUGGAUGAGGGUCCCAACGGGGACGUGGAAUAUUCUUUCAAAACUAGCAAUAAUGCACCUGGUAAAUUCACCAAGCUGUUCUCCUUAGAUCCCCAAACAGGGGAGAUCAGAACCAAAGCCCCACUGGACUAUGAGGAAUCCAGUGCUUACGAAAUUGCAGUUCGAGCCAGGGACAAGGGAUCCCCAGCCAUGGAAGGACACUGUCACCUGCGAGUGGAAUUAAUCGAUAUCAAUGAUAACAGCCCAGAGAUCGUACUGACCUCGCUCUCCAGCCCAGUGCAGGAGGAUGCUGCUCCAGGCACUGUGAUUGCUCUCAUUGGUGUGAAGGACAGUGAUUCCGGUGACAACGGGCAGGUCCGUCUGCAGAUAGCGAAAGAGCUCCCAUUUAAAUUGGUGUCAUCUUUUAAAGAGCAUUUCUCACUGGUCACAAAUGCUCCUCUUGAUCGGGAGAAGGCCAGCGGAUAUAACAUCACAGUGAGGGCUGUGGAUUCAGGGUCCCCACAGAGGGCCACACAAAAAACCUUUUACCUCCGAAUUGCUGACGUUAAUGAUAAUGCACCGAAUUUCUCCAGCCCUUUUGAUACAGCUCACGUUCAGGAAAACUCCCUUCCUGGAACUUCUGUUUUUUCAGUGUUAGCAUCUGACCCUGAUGAGGGUAGCAAUGCCAAGUUGUCUUACUCCAUCCUGGACAACGGGAUGCAGGAUGUACCCAUCUCAACCUACUUCCGGAUAGACCAGGACAAUGGCAGCGUUUACACCGUGCGGGCUCUGGACUAUGAGCAGGACAAGGUGUUUCAGGUGCCUGUGGAGGUGAAGGAUGCUGGGUCUCCUGCACUGAGUAGCACUGCUGUGGUCCAUGUGUUCGUGCUGGAUGAGAAUGACAAUGCUCCCAUCAUUGUCUACCCGUCCGUCCCCAAGGGCUCUGCCUUCCACCAAACCAUCCCGGCCUUGGCAGAACCUGGCUAUCUGGUCACCAAAAUCGUAGCUGUUGAUGCUGAUAGUGGCCAUAAUGCCUGGCUGUCCUACCAGCUGCAGGAGACCACAGAAGCUUUGCCUUUCCAAGUGGAACGUCGCUCUGGAGAGAUAAGGGUGGCACAGGCUCUCAGGGAGUCAGAGGACCCUCACAGACUGGUGGUCGAAGUGAGGGACAAUGGGACACCGUCCCUUUCAGCCUCUGUGGUCAUAGUCAUUUCUCCAGAGGAAAACAGUGUGCAGGACUUCGCCAAGUCCUUGGACCUCCCCCAGUCUUCUCCCAAGGAUACCAACCUAACGCUUUACCUCAUCAUCUCCUUGGUGUCCAUUUCCCUUGUGUCCUGCGUCAUGUUUGCUGUGGUGGCUGCCCGCUGUCUCAAAGCUGGCACUGCCAGCUGGACCUUUGCGGGUUGUUGCCGAGGGACUGGCCACAAGCCUGCUUCCCAUUUCCGUGGACAGAUGAAACCAGAUGGCUUCAUCAAGUACCUGGAUGUGGGAGGAGCGGGCUUGACCUCCCAGACACAGAAUUACACCUCUUGUUUCUCACCCAUGUCUGACCAGAGCGAUUUCCUCUUUGUAAAACCUUUCAGCCAUUCUAGCACUGCGGAGACCAUGGCUGCCUAUGAGCAGGUGACCAGCACCUUAGUGAGUCCCUGCGAUGGG